AUGGAAGACUUACUUCCCAUGAGCUGGUUUCAAGUGUCUAUUAUGACCUUACAGGUGAUCUACCCCUACACCCCACAGAAUGACGAUGAGCUGGAGCUGGUCCCUGGGGACUUCAUCUUCAUGUCUCCCAUGGAGCAGACCAGCACCAGCGAGGGCUGGAUCUACGGCACAUCCUUAACCACCGGCUGUUCUGGACUCCUGCCUGAGAAUUACAUUACCAAGGCUGAUGAAUGCAGCACCUGGAUCUUUCAUGGGUCUUACUCGAUCUUAAAUACAUCAUCGUCCAACUCUCUCACAUUUGGUGAUGGAGCAUUGGAGAGACGGCAGUACGAGGACCAGGGACUGGGGGAGACGCCACCCCUAACUAUCAUCUGCCAGCCCAUGCAGCCCCUGAGGGUCAACAGCCAGCCUGGCCCUCAAAAGCGAUGCCUCUUCGUAUGUCGGCACGGUGAGAGGAUGGAUGUGGUGUUUGGGAAGUACUGGCUGUCCCAGUGCUUUGAUGCCAAAGGCCGCUACAUACGCACCAACCUGAACAUGCCUCUCAGCUUACCUCCGCGCAGUGGUGGCUUCCGGGAUUACGAGAAAGAUGCCCCCAUCACCGUGUUCGGAUGUAUGCAAGCAAGACUAGUGGGUGAAGCCUUAUUAGAAAGUAACACCAUUAUUGAUCACGUCUAUUCCUCCCCAUCCCUACGCUGCGUUCAGACUGCACACAAUAUCUUGAAAGGUUUACAACAAGAUAGUCACUUGAAGAUCCGCAUAGAGCCUGGCUUAUUUGAGUGGACGAAAUGGGUGGCUGGCAACACGUUACCUGCGUGGAUAUCUCCAUCAGAGUUAGCUGCAGCAAGCCUGAGUGUUGAUACAACCUACAGACCUCACAUUCCAGUCAGCAAAUUAGUGGUUUCGGAAUCCUAUGACACUUAUAUCAGUAGAAGUUUCCAAGUAACAAAAGAAAUAAUAAGCGAAUGUAAAGGCAAAGGAAAUAACAUUCUGAUCGUGGCCCACGCAUCUUCCCUUGAAGCAUGUACCUGCCAGCUUCAGGGGUUGUCACCUCAGAACUCCAAGGACUUUGUACAGAUGGUCCGAAAGAUCCCAUACCUGGGGUUUUGUUCCUGUGAAGAAUUAGGAGAAACUGGAAUAUGGCAGCUGACAGAUCCACCCAUCCUUCCUCUUACCCAUGGACCAACUGGGGGCUUCAACUGGAGAGAGACCUUGUUGCAAGAAUAAACCACAUGCGUGAAUAAGAAGAAAUGGCCUUUUGGAAAAGUAUCUUUUAGUGUGUUUAGUAACAGUGGAAAAAUCCGCACCAUAUUCUAAGUGGACAGCUCAGAAUAAUUUAGCAUAUUUCCUUUCAUGCUUAAAGUUCUUAUGAUGAGACUGUGUAAAUGAGAAAAAGACUUGAUUCAGGGAAAGAAAUCAUUCUCUCUGGACUCUUGCUUAGCUAACAUGGCUUUGGAGAAUUGUCUUCCUAAAUCGGGGCACCUGCUGUAACAGAGAAUGUUUCUUCCUUCCGUCUGUGUGUGCCUAAGGAGUCCCACUCCCCCAAAGAGAACUGCUGGCCCACUCUGUGGAGGGAGGCAAGAGGAAGAUGCCUGUCCAGAAUCCAGCUGGGGGGACAUUCAGCUGCCAGUUUGGGGAUGGGAUUUUCUUUUGAACUCCAUUUUCCAGUGCAAAGCCAAGCUGAGAAAUCCUUUUAAGGUUAUUAGAAAACAUGCACUGCACAGAAUUUUUAGGUUACACAUCAGAUUCUACCCUCCAUAGACCUCAUACACCAGUGUCACUGGCUCAAGACACCUGCUUGAGGACUCUAGCAUUUACCCUGGUGCCACUCUUUCUCUAGAGCAGCUGGCCCUUCUUGUUAUGGCCCUUCUCCCUUGCUUCUAGCUGGGAAAUGGGGAGACAAAGAGCUUUUGCUCCCCAAGGCACUUUUGGAUACUCAAGAGGAAGAUCAGAUAAAUGUGUGAAGUAUUAUAGUGUAGGUGCAGAGAACUUAGAAAAUAUAAAGUGGCUUGGGAUUACCUGUGUUGUAGCCUAAUGAGCCGUGGCACUUCUAUAUUACCGUCAUUUGCUUGUCUUUGCCCCUAGACUUAUAUACAAUGUUAACUAGUUAAGGAUGUUGACAUUUUGAAAGGAUGUAUGUUAUACACAUUAUUUGAGUCAGGAAGAAUCUCAUUCUGUGCAAUAUGGACAUCUUUACAGACCAUAUCAAGGGUCAGGUUGCUGUACAUGUCAACCAUAACAGAACGCCCACACAUGCAUCAAUUAUACCAGGUAUGUGUAAUGAAGUCAGGGAACUAAUUUAAAUGAUGACAGUCAUGACUGCACUUGUGCUGCCUUUUUUGUUUGUUUGUUUUUCUAUGAUAAUUUAAAAUAUGGAGGUAGGGUUACUUGAGGAAAGCUGGAGAGCCAUGUCCUGUCGUUUCUCAUUACAACUACUUCCUGCAUUUAGGCGGAGUUUAUUUAAACGAAAAAUAAAUGACAAUCAAACCAAAA